ACUGUAACCUCCUCUUCCGCGUGCAUCCCGGUCCCGGAGGCGUCCAAGCCUUGGUGGUCAGCGCAGACUUAAAGUGAACGGGCGCGCACUUCCAACGGCCAUUCAGUCGGAAGAGGGGACACAGUGAAGGUGUGCUGCUGUGCCGUUUAGUCAUCCCUCCCUCUGACCGGUUAAUAGAUAGAUAGAUAUCCCCGUCGCUGUUGUUUUUCUCCCCCCCCCGUUAAACGGUUAGAUCGAUCAUGUACCGGUACUUCGGGGAGCUGUUAUCCCGCGGGGCGGGCAGUGCCCUGGCCUCGGGCUGCGUGGAAUCUGCUCUCCCAGCAUCGGCCGCUCUGAUGCGGGUCCGACAGUAUAGUGAACAGCCCGACGACCCCAACUUCUUUCGCAUGGUGGAGGGUUUCUUCGACCGCGGAGCCGCCAUCGUUCAGGACAAGCUUGUGGAGGACCUGAAGAGCAGGGAGACCCCCGAGCAGAAGAUGAAACGAGUGAAGGGGAUUCUCCGCAUCAUCAAGCCCUGCAACCACGUCCUCAGCGUCUCUUUCCCCAUCAAGAGGGACAACGGAGAGUGGGAGGUAGUGGAGGGCUACCGCGCCCAGCACAGCCAGCACAGGACGCCCUGCAAGGGGGGGAUCCGUUACAGUGAAGAGGUGUCUGUUGAUGAGGUGAAGGCUCUGGCCUCUCUGAUGACAUACAAGUGUGCCGUGGUCGAUGUACCAUUCGGGGGGGCUAAAGCUGGUGUCAAGAUCAACGUCAAAAAUUACUCUGACAAUGAGUUGGAGAAGAUCACUAGAAGGUUCACCAUUGAGCUGGCCAAGAAAGGUUUUAUUGGGCCUGGUAUUGAUGUUCCUGCUCCUGACAUGAGCACUGGAGAGAGAGAGAUGUCCUGGAUCGCUGACACAUAUGCCAACACCAUCGCACACACUGACAUCAACGCCCACGCGUGUGUGACAGGCAAGCCCAUCAGUCAGGGCGGGAUCCACGGGCGUAUCUCGGCCACCGGUCGCGGAGUGUUCCACGGAAUUGAGAACUUCAUCAACGAGGCGUCCUACAUGAGCAUGCUGGGCCUGACCCCCGGCUUUCAGGACAAGACCUUCAUCAUCCAGGGCUUUGGUAACGUGGGACUCCACUCCAUGCGGUACCUCCACAGGUACGGUGCUAAGUGUGUGGGCAUCGCUGAGUAUGACGGCAGCAUCUACAACCCAGAGGGCAUUGACCCCAAGCAGCUGGAGGACUACAAACUGCAACACGGUUCGAUCGUAGGUUUCCCCGGGGCUAAGCCAUACGAGGGCAGCCUUCUGGAAGCUCAGUGUCACAUCCUGAUCCCUGCCGCCAGCGAGAAGCAGCUCACACGAAACAACGCCCACAGGAUCAAGGCCAAGAUCAUUGCUGAGGGAGCCAACGGCCCCACCACCCCUGAUGCUGACAAGAUCUUCCUGGAGAACAAUGUCAUGGUCAUCCCUGACAUGUACCUGAACGCAGGUGGUGUGACAGUGUCCUACUUUGAGUGGCUGAAGAACCUGAACCACGUCAGCUAUGGAAGACUCACCUUCAAAUACGAGAGAGACUCCAACUACCACCUCCUCAUGUCUGUUCAGGAGAGUUUGGAGAGGAAGUUUGGAAAGCAGGGAGGACCAAUCCCUGUUGUCCCCACCGCUGACUUCCAGGCCAGAGUCGCUGGAGCUUCUGAGAAGGACAUUGUCCACUCUGGGCUGGCCUACACCAUGGAGAGGUCUGCCAGGCAAAUCAUGCGUACAGCCAGUAAGUACAACCUGGGUCUGGACCUGCGGACGGCUGCGUAUGUCAACGCCAUCGAGAAGGUGUUCAAGGUCUACAACGAGGCCGGCAUCACCGUCACAUGAUCACCUUGUCACAGCCAGACCACUCCCACACCACCCUGCUAUUGGUUCACCCUGCUUCCCCAUUUUUCCAAUCAGCCUUCAGUACAUACCAGUGUUUACAUUAGAGACCCCGCCUCCCGUUUAUACACACACACUGACACGUUCUGUGUCCCAUGACCUCGCCACAUCUCCCUGUAUCACGUGGGUAACCCAGUAUUCCUGUGUCCCAUGACCUCGCCACAUCUCCCUGUAUCACAUGGGUAACUCACUAUUUCUGUGUCCCAUGACCUCGCCACAUCUCCCUGUAUCACGUGGGUAACUCACUAUUUCUGUGUCCCAUGACCUCGCCACAUCUCCCUGUAUCACGUGGGUAACCCAGUAUUCCUGUGUCCCAUGACCUCGCCACAUCUCCCUGUAUCACGUGGGUAACUCACUAUUUCUGUGUCCCAUGACCUCGCCACAUCUCCCUGUAUCACGUGGGUAACCCAGUAUUCCUGUGUCGUCCUGUUUCACUAUUGUCGUUCAGUUUGUGAAAGAGUUCCCUUUUGGCCAUUUUGUCUUGUUUGACCCUUGUGUUGCCAUGGUUUCAGACCACAACAAUGAAGCUGCCUUAACUCUGACGGAGCUCUGUACUGAAAAGACACACAUACUGAAAUCCAUUUAAUGUUACCUCCGGACAUAUACCUUAUUUAAAGAAAGAGUUUUAAACUCUCACUUUAUGUCAGGGAAUGGUGAUAUAUGUGUUCCUCAGUUCUCCUCGCAGCGGGGUUAGAGGUCAGGGCUCAGGGUUGUGCUGAGGAACACAGGGUUCUACUGGGUUUGGUUCAUAGUAAGGUUCUACACCCUUCUCCACUAUAUCAGUCCCCCCACAAGCCCCCCUACCUUCUGCUCCUAUCUUGUCCAAUCUGACCCUCCCCCAAACCCUCCGCUCUGCCAUGAGAGAGAGAGGAGGAGAGGAUCAUGGGAACAAGCGUUGUCCUUCUCCAAAAAGCCGUCCAAGCCCUUGCACGGAAAUUGCUUGGGGAAAUUUGUAUUGCCUUUUUUUUGUUGAAAACCAAUAAAAUUCUGAGAACUGA